AAGGGGUACUGACACGAAAUUUUUCAGUUGUCGUUUUUUUGCGUCAAAUGGUACGCCAAGGCCCCAAGAGCCUAGAAAAUGUACCGGUAAGCGUGAGUGCGCCCUGAAAAAUUAAUUACAAGGCGUCGUUAAAAGCUAGUUUCGGUUCAUACUGUACCCUGACGUCACGACAUAGUAUGAGCAGCGCCCCCAGGCGUUGCUAUGUGCACGCGCAAGUUAUCGUGACGUAUCUCCGAGCGUCCGUGGCUCCGUCGUCUGCUGCGCGCCGCACGUGUGGCAUCUUGUGCGCCGUCAACGAUGGAAGUUUCGUCAAGCGACUCCGGCGACAGCAACGACUUCGGUAGAGAAGAAGAUGCCGAGCUUGCCGACCCUGCCAACCAUUUCGCGUUUGACCCGCUAGCAAGCUCGUCAGAUGAAGACAGCUCGUCGCCCGACAGCGAUAAUGCCAUGCAGGAGGCCUUGCGCAUCGGGAACGUCCAAUGGUAAGAAUUUCGUAUCUACUGCUCGAUACCGCGCGGGCAUCCUCCGGGUGUCCUGAAAGUCGAUAGCGUUUGCCGUGUGGAUUUGGUAAUGAUAUGACUUGCUUCAAAUUAUUGGUGCUCGGUGCAGAUUUGAGACCGCAUGUAUCUCUUUGUCCUGUCGCUCUUGUAUAUACAGCCGCACUGCGCGCGCAUGAUGCCAGCCUUGUGCUGGUCGUAACGCCUAAACAUUAUACAAUAAUAUUAACUGCGCAGGUGUCUCUGUGGGAGCUGCCGCGCCAUGGAGACCGAGACGGAAUCGGUGUGUUGUCGAGAGAUCGACAAAGUGAACUCUCUUGUGCCGGAUGAGGCUGCCUGCGUCACAGAACACCCGACGUUUCGGCGUGGAUGCUUAGACAUCCACGCCCUGGAGAUAGCGUACUACGCCUUGAUGGAAGACCGUCCGGGCGUCAUUGAGGCUCCAGAAAUCCACAGGCGAUACCGAUACACCGCGUAUCGGCAAUUCGUGCGGUGGGUCUGGCAUCGCCUUGGCAGAAGAAAGCGGGUCGUCCUUCCGAGCUGCGUUGUGUGCGCAGUGCGUGCACAAUUUCCUUCAGAAGACUACUCUGGUUUUAAGUAUCCGGAGUACUAGUAUAUCAUUUCAAUAAAGGCAAACAACUUGUUCCACUUGAUUUAUUUCUGUGGGCAUGGCAGGCUGUGUCCUGGUCAUAUGCAAA